AUGGGCAGUCCUUCACAUGUCUUGGUGGAAAAGCUUAAAGUCCUUAGAAAUAAAUUAAGAUGGUGGAAUACACAUAUAUUUGGGUGGGUGGAUUUAAGCAUCGAAGAAAGAGUUAGAGAUCUUAAUAUGAUUGAGAAUGAGAUGGACUUCAUUAGAGUUAAUAUCUCGGAGGAGGUGUUGACUAAAAGAAGUGAAGCUCAAGGUAAGGUUUGGUUUAAUCUGAAACUCAAGAAAAGUUUGGUAAAGCAAAAAUCAAAGGUCAAAUGGGUGAAAGAAGGUGAUAUAAACUCUAGAUUCUUUCAUGAUAUAUUUAAGUCGAGAUGA